AUGGUUCAAGAAUUACAAAUGGUGUAUCGUGCAUGGGGACUGGCAAAAGAACGGCGUAGUUCAGUGGUUGGGAACGCAGCUGACGUAGACGGUUUAAAAUCUGAACUGCUGUGCCGACUGCGUGCUGUUCACACCACCCUCCUGCGCACCAUGGAGUGCUACCUUAUGAAUCCCGCUAACUCUGCCUCACUGAGUAAGUUAUUCCUGAUUGGGCAGCAAUCUUGGAGCGAGGGUGAGGAAUGGUUUAUUGAGCAAGACGAGGUUUAUAACGCAUUUGUUGCUGCACUGGGGCGACUUCUCUUUAAUAGCGGAAAGGAUUUAAUCACUGCCCACAUCUUGGCCUGUCAGCAAGAGAAGAAAGUUAUUUUCAAUAAUCAAUCGCCCCUACUGGAGGAGUUCCAACCGUUUUCCGCGUUAGACCCCACAAUACGAUGGAUAACAGACAACGGCCCAAGUGCUCUUGCACGGCAGCUACGAGAGUACAGUGUCCAACAGUCUGUGAGCAUCGUGAUUUAUAGUCAGAUCUCUUGGAAUCAGUUGUAUGCCUAUGUCGUCAGAGAUGGUGAUGUUAAGGGGGCACCUAUUGUCUUGGACGAGGAUGCUGAUUGGGAAUUGAAGGAGCUUCAACGCUUGUACGAGGUGAUUUCACAAACACAUCCUCCAAAAGAUGCCAUUAAAAUACGACGGGUUAUUCGAAGUCGAUGGAAUGGUCUUCUUGAAAAGCUUUAUCACCGUUUACUAAGCCCAAUUGAGGGGCUUCUUCCACCACCUGCGCCAAAACCACAUGUACCUCUGUCUGAGGUGGGUCAAGUCUGUUUCAUUGAUACAUGGGCUCCAUCUCACAUUCCCAUUCCUUUUCAGGCGCUUUGGAACCCAACAAAUGAGGCUUCAUGCCUGCUUCAAUGGGCAGUCUUUAAGGCAAAUCGUCCAUGGGACUUAAUUUGUUCGGCAGAGGUUCCUUGGUCUAGUCCCCUGGCGGACUCCCCCGUUAUUACACGCGUUAUUACUCCAGCCACUGUUUGGCCCACCACGAGUGUAUCUGAGGGAACUUUUCGACCAGGAACACAUAUGGUGACCUAUGUGAAUACCAAAGGUGUUGGAUUUGCCUCAAUGGAAGACGCAACGCCCAUUCGACAUUGGAAAGGAGGCAAUGACAUGGAAAAGGGAGGAUUAUGGCAGAAUGUUCCAUGGGAACGUUGGCUAGGGAGAGUACUGGGUACUGUUCGCGCUGGUAUUCCGACGUAUGCCUUCAUGAAGGGUAAAGAUCCAGCGCAGAGCAUGUCAACCGCCCUUUUUAUUCAUGAAGUUCCACGCGCAGAGCGGGAAGGCAUCGCAUCUACAAAAUCGUCGCCGUCGCCAUCGUCUUCAAAUGGGACUAGUGAAAUUAUUUCGGUUCACCGAGAGAUGCCGUAUAAUCAGUGCUCAGAUUUGUUUGUAUCGCACGUUGUGGGCCGUGAUAGUGGAGUAGGUAUUCACCGCGCGGCCGUUUUGCCGGUAUUUAAGGUGGCUGGGCGUGAUCCUGCGGGAACAUAUGUGUCGUUUUUAAAGGCACUUGUUGCAACAAAUGAGAUGACGGCAGCCAAGGCAUACCGCUUGGCGAUACUGCUUUCAUGGCAAACUGAUUGCAGGGAAGAACCUUGGCGUUCUACUUCAGUCAUGUUAUUUAACUAUGGUGGUGCGAUGAAUACGCUUGGCUUUCUUCACGAGGAGUACUGUAAAAGACGCUAUUUAAAAGCUCCACGUGUUUUUGCAUGUAAAGAUACCGCAUCAAAUGAUGACACGGGAAAUCAGAAUCCUGACCCCCAACCAUCAAAGUAUCACUCCCGUAUUCGCAAUACGGUGGACGGUCGCUAUGUAGAAAAGUAUGGCAUUGACGUCAUCUAUGACGUUGUGCUACACGGAUUGUCUACCUCCAGACCACAAGGGGAGGUUGCGAUUCUCGAUAAUAUGAUUCAAUGUAUUGAACAAAAUAGAUCAACGCUGGAAAAGUGCGUCGAAAGCCACAGCGAGGGGAAAGUUGUUGCACGGACACUUGAGCCUCCUCCUGUGGAAUCGGUUUCUGCACCAUCUUCUAAUUCGGACGGGGCAGUGUCCGUUGUUUCGGCGACAAGGAACAUAGUCAAGGCAGAUAGGAGUGGCGGGGCAAACAUGGGUUCCAGUGUUUUGCCUGUCCGUGAGAUACGACCAUCAAAAGGCAAUCGACCGUCAAAUGGCCGAAAGCCUCCAUCUGGAACUUAA